AUGUCCGAAAUUAACGAACGUGUGUGCAUCAAAUUUUGCUUGAAACUUGGUAAAAACGCAUCUGAAACGUACACAAUGAUUAAAACUGCUUUUGGAGACGAUUCUUUAAGUCGCUCUGUUACUUUCGAAUGGUUUAUACGUUUCAAGGAUAGUCGACAGUCAAUUAAAGAUGAUCCACGUUCUGGAAGACCGUCGACAUCUAGAAACGAUGAUGUGGCGAACAUUUACGAAAAAGUGCGAAAUGACCGUAGAUUAACUGUUCGCGAGUUAGCAAAUGAAGCAGGAAUUUCAAUUGGAUCUUGUCAUGAAAUUUUAACGGAAAAAUUACAGAUGAGAAGGGUAGCUGCUAAAUUCGUUCCGCGGAUGUUGACAUCGGAACAAAAUUAA